AUGUACUGUAUCCCUCGCGUCAGGAGCGUCAGUCGCCUCGACAUCGAGAAUCUCGAAGCGGGUGUAGCAGAUAUCCUGGCUGCGACCGGUACGCCGUCACUCAGUUAUACCAUAGUCCAGAAUGGAAAGACUCUUCACACCAAACAUUUCGGCUAUCGCGAUAUCCAACAGCACGCUUGUCCGGAUGAUCAAACAAGGUACAACAUCAAUUCUAUGACCAAGGCUAUGGUCGCUGCUCUUGCUGGAAUCAUCGCUUCCACGGGGGAUAUUGACCUGUAUGCUUCUGUCAAGCCUUAUCUACCUGACUUUGCCUGUCAUGACUCCAGCUUCGAUGACCAGGUCACGAUCAUCGAUCUGCUCUCCCAUCGUACCGGAUUCACUAACUUUGAUCCCAUCUGGCUGGGAUCGCAGAAUUCCCUACUCCUCAGCAGGGAUCAGACACUGAAAACAUUUGCUACAUUAAAACCAUGCGAGCCGUUUCGUGAAAGUUUUCUCUACAAUAAUUGGGGCUACGAAAUUGUUGGGAAGAUUCUCGAGACAGUCACAGGAGACCCCUUGCAUGUCCUGCUCCAUGAGAAAAUAUUCAAGCCCUUGGGAAUGACUAGAACAAGCACUAGCUGGGAUCUUGACGAAGAGAACACCACAAAGUAA